CUUUAUCGUCGCGACGUCUCUCGGCUGCUGGCUAGUGGCUGCGUGCUGCCAUCAUGCCUGCUUCUCGAGACCAUCACGCGCAACGCCCGGAUCACCCAAUGCACCACUCGCCAUACUUAUAUUACAUGCCUCCCUCGUCCCCGCUCUAUCCUCCGACGCCGCCUCCCGGUCUGGUCCCCAUCCCUUUCGCUCUUUCUGUGCAUUGACUUUCCGGAUCCCUUGAAUUCGUACGAAGAUGUCGGCGACCGCUGCCGAGAUAGCUGCGCUAGGGCCCAUUGUGAGAUCGACCAUGGGUGCCAUUAUAAUCGGCAUGUUCUUCAGCUCUACUUUCUUCGGGAUCACACUAUUGCAAACGUAUCAGUACUAUGAUCGCUACUGGUCCGAUGCCUGGUGGCUUAAACUCUUCGUUGCUGUCAUAACCAUUCUAGACGCCCUUCAGCUUGUCACUGUUGUCCAUGCAAAUUGGUGGUAUCUCAUCGGCAACUACGCCAACCCGAUGGCGCUCCAAUACAUCCCUUGGAGUCUUGGUUUGGAGACAGGAUUGACUUCCUCAAUUGGUUUCCUUGUACAAACAUUCUUCGCCAUGCGUGUAUACAUACUUAGUCGAGGUAACGGUUGGAUGACUGGACUUAUUAUGCUAUGUGCCUUGUCUCAGUUUGUGAUUGGAGUGUACUAUACCGCAGCAGGGCAGCACACGCAGCUCGCCGCGACAAUCGAGACGAUCAUUUGGGCAUCGACUGCCGCGCUCGCGUGCAGCAUCGCGGGGGACGUGCUCAUCACGCUCUCCAUGUGCUAUUACUUGUAUCUCGGCCGUUCGGGCAUCGCUAGCUCGGACAGGAUGAUCCAUGUGCUCAUCAAGUAUACGGUGAACACGGGUUUGUUGACGACCCUGUCGGCAAUCUGUACUAUCAUCCUGUCAGAAACGCUCCCGAGCACUUACUGGGACACGAUGUUCUACUUCGUCGUCAGCAAAUGCUACGUCAACUCCACGCUCGCAACGCUCAACGCGCGCGAGAAGCUGCGCCAGCGCGUAAUCACAAACGUCGCGACGGGCGGGACGACGACGGGGAGCAGCGCGUUCCGAGCGUCGCUGUCGUUCGCGCCUGGGCGCCCGGCGCACAGCGCGUUCAGCAACUACACCGAGGACUCGACCGCGUCGAUGUUCAGUGGUACGGUUGUCGGCUCGGGUCGCUUCGUCGCUUCGGACGAGGAGGACAAGGAGGCAAGGAAGGACGCGGCGGGUGGGUAUCUGGUGUGAAGGGCGGUGGACGACUAUUUCCUGAGAGGUCGAUUCCUGCGAUCAGCGAGUCUGGUUGGGGCUGCGCCUCAUCGUAUAGUGUGGUACCGCGCAUGUCUGUCUGUUGUGACAUCAGCCCCAUAUGCGCCCUGCCACCCUACAUCUUUGCCUACUCGGCUUAUGUCGCCCUGCUGUAAGUGUACAUGUGUAUAACAUAAGAUUCGUGUUGCUGGUCGUUGGAGACUGCAUCUAUCGAGCUCAAGGGUUCGGACAUAGCAGUAACGUGCAAACCUUGCAUACCGUGCAUUUGUCGACUCAAUCC